AUGAUGCUUGGCUGCCGCAUUAUUGUCCGUAUGGUGGUCGACUUGGCCCACCACUCUAACCGACACAUGAUUCUAUUUUCCGAUCACAAGCCGCUCAUGAACAUCUUGCGCGAUCCCAGUACAUACCUUCAUUCAUCGUCCAUCAAGCAUAAGCGAUGGCUCCGCAGUAUUGAGGACAUCAAUAGGAUCUCCAUCAAUGCUGGAUUUAUUGAGGACCCUCUCACAAUCUUCGUUGACUACCUCUCUCGGUGCCUUGACGAAACCGACGAACUACUUCAGCUGGCUCAGCAGACUGUCGGCUAUACGAGCUUCACACAGGAACCCCCAUCAAAGAUGAUCGUCGCCUUCGCCAAACUCUAG